AUGGAAGUAAAAGAUGCAAAUAAACAACAUCAACAACAACAACAACAAAACAAUGUAUCAAAUAAUAAUAUUAAUUCUACUAGUAAUACAUCAUCAACUACAUCCAUUUUAACAUCAUUCACAACAACAUCAACAACAAACAAUAAUUUAAUAUCCAAAGAUAGCAAAUUAGAUUUAGAAACCAAUAACAACAACAACAAUAAUAACAAUAACAAUAGUAAUAUAGUAAAUAGUAUUAAUAAUACACCAACAAAACAACUACUCAUUGCAGAGUUGGAUUCAUCAACCACACAUCCCGGUAUUACACCACCACUUAAAUCAUCAGAGUUGCGUCUAUCCGAAUUGAAUUCAUCGGACAUCUCAACGGAUUCCAGUAACAACAACAGUCAUUCUUCUAUCUAUUCUUCAACAGCCAGCAGUACAUCUUCGAGUUUAUUCUCAUCUCUUCCAGCUGGAUCUUCUUUUCAAACAUUACAUCAACAUCAACAAAAUCAACAGCAGCAACAGCUAUUCCAAAGUCAAAGGUCACUCAAUAGAAGAUCGUUCGAUCCAGCUUCGAUAUCAUCAUUGAAUCUUAUCAAUAGUGGUGCGACUACACCCCCCUCAAAGCUUGCAAGAACACUCAGUUCAAUCGCAUUGCUGAGCAACAAAAAGAAAGAGAACUACUCGAGACAUACUUUUCCAGGUGGACAUCUUAAUCACCACAACUCCUACUCUCCUUCGUCUGGCGUCGAAGGUGUUGGUAGUGCAAGUGGUUCAAAGGUAUCGGAUUCCAUUCCUUUGGAUAUCAAUUCACUUGUAAACUCUGGAACAACAGCAACUUCAACAACAACAAAAUUAACAACUGCUACAUCUAAUACCAACAAUAAUAAUAAUACUCAAAAGAUUAAUAAUAAUAAUAAUAAUAAUAACAAAAAUAAUAAUAAUAUUAAUAAAUAUCAACCAACUACACCAGUGAACACUUCAUCAUUCCAAUCGAAUGAUGAUAGUAUCGAUCAGAUAUCACCCCAUUUUACAAGAAGACCUUCAUCGUUAAUCGUUGGUGCCUUUCCUGCUAUGACACCGCAACAACAGCAACAGUUGGAUUUCGAGACGAAUGGUAGAACAACUCCGGACGAGGAACUUAGUGAGCAGAACAAAUUCUACAAGAGAAUCGAAGAGAAUCCCGAUGGAUUCAUUACUAUUCAGGAAAUUAGAUCGAUUCUAUCUUGUUACGACACCGAUGCCAUCGACCAAAUCAUCUCUGGUAUCCCCUUUGAAAAUGGUAUCUGUUUGAACAGAGAUUUUCUAGAGUUGGUACAAGAGUUCCAGCAGACCUCGCAAUAUGAAGAUGCCGAUCUCAUGUUUGAAGUCGAUGACUAUGACACCAAGAACCAUCCAAUCAACAAUCUCAUGGAUUUCAAAGUAGAAGAUAUUGAACAACAACAGCAACAACAACAGCAACGAAUAAACAGUACAACAUCGAUCACUCUUGGCGAUGAUAGUGACGGUGGUAGUGAGGCAGACUCAAGCAACAACACCUCGAGUGUUGGAUACCUACAGAAACCAAGACGAUUCGACUUCUCCAUUCCACCGAGCUACGGUGAAUUCGUAGACAACGGCUCAGUCAAUGGCUCAGGAAUAAGCAGUAGAGAGUACUUGGAGAUGCAGUCAGAGUUGAAUAAAUUAAAGAACGAAGCAGGUCUAAAGGAUAUCGAAGUGAAAAAAAGAAUAAAAUUAGAAGAAGAUCUGCAUCUUCUACAAGCAGAGAUUACAACCAAAGAAGAGGAAAAUACCAAACUGCGAAGAGAGAAUCAGAAUUUAAGUAAGAUUGAUAAGAGACACAAAGAACUAUCGAAUGAAUUGGAAAAGAGUAAAGAAAGAGAUAAUAAGAGUAAAGCGGAAAUUGAUAAACUAAAGAAAAGAAAUCAAAGAAAUGAUGAUGAAUUGAAAAAGAUAAAGAAUGAAAAAGAUGUAAUACAACAAAGAGAGGAAGAUGCAUUGAAGACCGUAGAGGAGAAAGAAACAGAUAUCAAGCGACUGAAGAGAGACAACCAAAAGCUGGAGAAUCUAUUGAAAGAGUUGGAGGAGAACUAUCAGCUUUCCAAUCAGCAUAUUCUAGAGCUGAAGCAAAAGGAAGAACAAUAUAUGGUGCAACACCAAAACAAUCAGUCCAACCAGCAGGCAAUCAACGAGUUCUCCUCGAAACUACGUACACUCCAUUCACUCUUCUCUGACAGCACCUUUGCUUUCGUCGAACAAAUCAACCAUUCACAACAAUUUGCAUUACAAAUGAUCGAUUCCAUAGAUCAUCUAUCACAAUCAAUUAUUUCAUCAAACAAACAAGAACACAACAGCAACAACAACAUCAACAGCAACAACAUUUUAGAAGUUAAACAGGUCAUUAAAUUACUGAAAUCUAAACUACCAAAGAUGCCAGAGGAUUUACUCAUCGAUAAAUCAAACGACAAUGAUGAACAAUACCAAAAUGCAACUCAAAACCUCGACGACACCAUGAAGCGACUGAAUGAAAAGUGGAAGCAGCUACACGACAACCUCGUUCAAUGGAAAAAGACGAAACAAAUGGAGAAUCUACAACAAAGACAAGAAAUAGAGGAGUCAAAGAAGAUCAUCAAGCAGCUACUCACCAAGCAAAGCGAACCACAAUUGUUGGCCAACACAGACAGUACCAUUGUCUAUGAGAAACAGCCUAGUCUAUGGUACUCAUCGAGUAAACAUUUCUUUGCGCUUCUAGGAUUGGUAAUGGUUCUCUACCUUUUGCUUUCACUUGCGAUUGCCUAUGUUAUUCCACCACAACAAUAUCUUCAACCAAGCUAA